GGCCCAGCUCAUUGGCGCGGCGGCCCCUCCAGGACCCGCACAUUGUUCCCCGCCCCCGCCUCGGCCACCGCCGCCUCGGUAGCCGCCGCCACCGGGCUAUAAAAACCGGCCGAGCCCCGAAAGGUGCGGAUGCUUAUUAUAGACCAGCGCGACCUCGGCGCCCGGAGCCCGGUUCUCCGCUGCGGCUUUUGGGAGCGAGCUCCUCUCCUUGCAUCCACAGAGGCGUGCGUAAAGCUCCGAGGGCCGAGGGAGGGAGGGAGGACUCUGCGAAAGCUGCGACUAUCCCUCGGGGCCAUGGACUCGGACGCCAGCCUGGUGUCCAGUCGUCCGUCGUCGCCAGAGCCCGAUGACCUUUUUCUGCCCGCCCGGAGCAAAGGCAGCGGCGGCAGCGGCUUCACGGGAGGCACAGUGUCCUCGUCCACGCCGAGCGACUGCCCGCCAGAGCUGAGCGCAGAGCUGCGCGGCGCCAUGGGCGCGGCGGGCGCGCACCCCGGGGACAAGCUGGGCGGCGGCGGCUUCAAGUCAUCCUCGUCCAGCACGUCGUCGUCCACUUCGUCGGCGGCCGCCUCGUCCACCAAGAAGGACAAGAAGCAGAUGACAGAGCCCGAGCUGCAGCAGCUACGCCUCAAGAUCAACAGCCGCGAGCGCAAGCGCAUGCACGACCUCAACAUCGCCAUGGACGGGCUGCGCGAGGUCAUGCCGUACGCUCACGGCCCGUCGGUGCGCAAGCUCUCCAAGAUCGCCACGCUGCUGCUGGCGCGCAACUACAUCCUCAUGCUCACCAACUCGUUGGAGGAGAUGAAGCGACUGGUGAGCGAGAUCUACGGCGGCCACCACGCGGGCUUCCACCCGUCAGCCUGCGGCGGCCUGGCGCACUCGGCGCCCCUGCCCGCCGCCACGGCGCACCCCGCGGCCGCCGCGCACGCCGCACACCACCCGGCGGUUCACCACCCCAUCCUGCCUCCCGCCGCCGCCGCCGCCGCCGCCGCCGCGGCCGCCGCCGCCGUGUCCAGCGCCUCCCUGCCCGGCUCCGGGUUGUCGUCCGUCGGCUCCAUCCGGCCCCCGCACGGCCUGCUCAAGUCCCCGUCGGCCGCGGCAGCGGCCCCGCUGGGGGGCGGGGGCGGCGGCAGCGGGGCAGCGGGCGGCUUCCAGCACUGGGGCGGCAUGCCCUGCCCCUGCAGCAUGUGCCAGGUGCCGCCGCCGCACCACCACGUGUCGGCCAUGGGCGCCGGCAGCCUGCCGCGCCUCACCUCCGACGCCAAGUGAGCUGGCCCGCGCCGCUGCGCUCUGGCGAGCGGAGAGACCCGGAGGCUGUGGGGAAGCAAGGACUGGCCGGCGCCGGGGGUGGGGGGGGGGCGGGGGGGACGCCCCCCCCCCAGGAGCUUAGCUCUGAGGAGCGCAGGACCUUGGGCUGGGGGUGGGGGUGGGGGCGUUGGUGCGGUAGCCGCACUGGGGAACAGGAGCAAAGGGGGGGCGCACUGAACAGUGGCGAGUGAGAGGGGCGUUCGCUCUGGGACCCGGUUCAGCCCUCUCUGGCUUUAAACAGCGCUGCUCCGAUAGACACCGUUUUGUAAGAAGGCACUGCUAGGUGCAUCCCUCCCUCGACGUCCCCCCGCCCCCAGCCAUUUCCCAAGAAAGAGUGGAUUCUUAAAACGGUGGUUUCCUCACUCUACCCGAGCAGCACUUCGUUACACGGGGGAAGGAGGGAGGGAGGACAGCGUGGGCGACUGUCUCUCCUUCCUCCUUUCUCGCCGGGUGGAGACUCGCGGGGAGCUGAGCUCCACGAGCGGCCGUCGGGCCUCGGCCUCCGGGGUCGUCCCUGGCCCAGGGCCAGGGGCCACGGGUUAGUUGGAAGCUGGCGUUCGGUACCAGAAGCACUUACGGUCGCGUCCAAUCUGGGUAAAGCCCGUUCCUCCCUGUCGCUCCUGUUGGUUUGGGGGGUUUGGGGUUUUCUAAUAAAUCUGUCUAUGUUCCUUUUUCAACAGUGCGAGCAAGCUUUAUAGAAGGUCAGAAUAGAACCACUUGUGGAUUGGAAGAAUCUAAAACUGUCGACUUUGGGGGCGGGUGUGGUUUUUUUGUUGUUGUUGUUUUGUUUUUAGUUAUUUUAAAAUAGACUCUCCCUCCUUCCCGUUCUUUUCGUCUCUAAGCACAAAGUGAUUUGGUUUAUUCCCUGAUUGGGGGCAGUCAUUCUGAUACCUGAGGGUUUGACAGAACUCAGAGGCAUGUGCUGUGAAUAUAGUUUGGGUUAUUUGGGAGUUCUAUUGGCUUUUUUAAUUUUUUCUUUCUUGGAUGUGUAAAUAUAUGAUCAAUAAUGAGGUAAGUGCGUGCUGCUAAGCUGUUUGCUCACGUGACUGCGAGCCCCUCCGGAGUCGAAGCCGGGUUCCCUCUAUAUUGGUUUCUUUUUGCCACGUUUAACACAAAUGACAAACUUUCCCACGUGCUUCCUGCGUCCUCGCAAACCGGCUCGGCGCUCCCAGCGUGGCAAUAUGGGCUUCACGGCAUCUGCCACAUAACAUCCCUCCUCUGACCGCCGUCCCUUGCAGAGAGUGUAUCAUCUGUUUUAUUUUUGUAAAAAAAAAAAAAAGUGCUAAAUAAUAUUUAUUACUUGUUUGGUUGCAAAAAACGAAAUAAAUGAUCGAGUGUUGAGAUUUUAAA